UUUGGGUUGGUGACUUGUUGCUUCGAUUUCUUGGGUUCUGCAUUUUUGUAAAAGAACAGAAAUGGCCAUGGCUGUUGGGUUGGUGAAUGGUAGGUCCUCAUGGACUCAAAGAAGCUUCCUGAAGAACAGAAAGGGGAAAAAGAUUAAUUUUUCUUGUGUUGCUUCCUCUUCCAGCUUAACGGAUCAAUAUAGAAAGCUUAGAAUCGAACCUGGUGCUUCUGAAGGCGAAGUUAAGAAAGCCUUUCGCCAACUCGCCUUACAGUAUCACCCGGAUGUGUGCAAAGGAAACAACUGCAGCGUUCAAUUCCACAGUAUUAACGAAGCCUACGAUAUCGUGAUGAGCUACCUGAGGGGAGAAGAAACGAACACAGACGAUCAAUAUGAGUCGUACGAUUAUAACGAUACAGAGAAGCCAAUGAGGGGAAUGUGCGAUCCUGAUUGGGACAUGUGGGAAGAAUGGAUGGGAUGGGAAGGUGCAGGGAUUCGUGAUUACUCUUCUCACAUCAACCCCUACAUCUAAUCUUCUAUAAGCUUUGCUGCUUCUCUCCCACGCGGCUCAUGCAAAAUCUCCGCCGUUCAUAUUG